UAGAAUUCGGAAUAGCGGUUCAAACUUUGGUUGAUCACCUAGUUGCAGCUGGCCAGAAUGUUCACCUCUCAAAUCCGGCACUCAUGCAGGAGUUGGUGGAGAAAUUGCCCGGAACGAUGAGAAUGGAGUGGGCUGUCUAUAAGUCUCGGCUUCCGGUAGCUACGUUGCAAUCCUUUGGAGACUUUAUGUCAAGAAUGGUAGCGACGGCGAGUGAGGUUUCGUAUGAACUUCCUACGCUUGAUCGGUCCGGCAAGAUCGACAGGACAAAACCUAAAAGCAAAGGCGCCGUUCAUGCUCACUCAGUGGAAUCCUCCACUAUUUCAACGCCAUCCACCUCAGUGGUCAAAACUGGGAAAUCGGUCAAACCGUGCCUGUGUUGCAGUCGAGAAGGCCAUAAACUGGUGGACUGUAGUCGGUUCAAGUCCCUGAACGCUGACGAUCGUUGGAAACUGGCGGAACAGAAGGGCCUGUGUCGGACUUGCCUGAAUAAUCACGGAAAGUGGCCUUGUCGUUCAUGGAAAGGGUGCGAAGUUGAAGGUUGCCGUCAUAAGCAUCACACUCUCCUUCAUGGUACAGCGUUGAGUUCGCAAUCUACAGGGAUGUCAGCAAGCCACUUAUCGAUCGGUCAGUUCUGCAUGUUCCGGAUAGUUCCAGUCGUGUUGCACGGAAAGGGGAAGGACAUGCUGAUAUUCGCGUUCAUUGAUGAAGGCUCCUCGGAAACACUCAUCGAAGAGGCAGUGGCCAAGCAAUUAGAGGUUACCGGCCCGAUCGAACCGUUAACGCUACACUGGACCGGAAGUGUAUCUCGAGAGGAAUCUAACUCACAGCGAAUACAGUUGAAGAUUGCAGCAAAAAGCAGCGCGGUUUGCCACGACCUUCACAAUGUGCGAACAGUAAGCUGCCUGCUGCUUCCAUCGCAAACGCUACGCUACGGAGAAAUGGUUCAACGCUUCCCACACCUGAGAGGGCUUCCCGUCGAGGACUACACCAAUGUUCAGCCCAAACUGCUCAUCGGACUCAACAAUCUCGGAUUAUGCUUGCCGAGAAAAAUGCGAGAAGGAGGCCCUCAUGAUCCGGUGGCCGUCAAGUGUCAUCUCGGAUGGAGCAUCUACGGGGGCGAGCCCGCCAAUUCAAGAUACUCCGUUGCUGUCAACUUUCACACUGCCGCUCCAGCGGAUCCAGAUAAACUGUUGAACGAACAGCUGCGGGAUUAUUUUGCCAUCGAAAGCUGCAUGGUGUCGCCUGGCAUCCAAACGGACUCGGAGGAUGACAAACGGGCCAGAAUUCUCUUGGAAUCUACUACCCGGCGAAUUGGUAACCGUUUUGAAACCGGCUUGCUUUGGAGGACCGAUGCAGUGGAUUUUCCCGAUAGCUACAGCAUGGCUCUACGGCGGCUACAAUCUUUGGAACGCAAGCUCCGGCAGAAUCCGAAUCUAGGAGAUAGAGUGAUCCAACAGAUUCGAGACUACGAACGGAAGGGGUACGCUCGGCGAGCUACAGAAGAAGAUCUGGCAUGUAGCGAUACCAGCCGGAUAUGGUAUCUUCCUCUAGGGAUUGUGAUCAACCCCAAAAAACCCAACAAGCUUCGUUUAAUUUGGGACGCAGCGGCAAAGGUCGGCGAUAUAUCUUUCAACUCGAAGCUCCUAAAAGGAUCGGACCUGUUGACUCCGCUGCUAGCUGUACUCUCUCGCUUCCGGCAAUUCCCGGUGGCGGUCACAGGGGACAUAAGAGAGAUGUUCCACCAGAUUAAGAUACGGAAGGAAGACCAGCAGUCUCAACAUUUCCUCUGGCGGGAACAUCCUUCCGAUAGCCCGCUAGUCUAUAUUAUGGAGGUGGCGACGUUCGGCUCUACCUGUUCUCCAGCGUCGGCGCAGUUCGUAAAGAACCUCAACGCCACAGAGUAUGCCGAUCAGUUUCCUCGAGCAGCGGCUGCUAUCCACGAUAACCACUACGUGGAUGAUUAUUUGGACAGCUUCCAAACGAUCGAGGACGCGAUCCAAGUUGUUCAGGAAGUCCAGUCCGUUCACGCGAUGGGAGGGUUCGAGAUUCGCAACAUUCUCUCGAAUUCCACGGAAGUAAUUCAACGAAUUGAUGAACGACCGAGCGAAAAUUCCAAGGAUCUAGCAUUGACGCGCGGGGAUUCCACGGAAUCGGUGCUUGGAAUGCAAUGGCUACCGAAGGAGGACGCAUUCACCUAUACGUUUGCUCUUCGAUCGGAUAUACAACAGGUGUUGAAAGAAGAUCACGUGCCGACCAAGCGGGAAGUCCUGAAGGUAGUGAUGAGCUUGUUUGAUCCACUAGGCUGCCUUUCAUUCUUCUUGGUGCACGGAAAGAUCCUUAUCCAAGAUACAUGGAUCUCCAAGAUUGGCUGGGACGAUCCGGUUACCGAAAGCUGCUUUGCGCGAUGGAAGCAGUGGAUUGCGCUGUUUGAUCAAUUGUCAUCUCUCAGGAUUCCUCGGUGCUAUUUUCGGGCACCGUAUCCAAGUGACUUCGGCCAACUGCAGCUACACAUCUUCGUUGACGCCAGCGAGUCUGCGUAUUCGUGCGUGGCGUACUUUCGUCCUCCAGUAGGAGAUCAGAUUCAGGUAUCCAUGGUAGCUGCCAAGACAAAAGUGGCUCCUAUUAACACGAUCUCCAUUCCGAGAUUGGAGCUGAAAGCAGCCGUUCUUGGAACUCGCCUUUCGGAGUCGAUAAAACAAUACCACACCGUACCGAUUGCCAAUGUCUUCUUCUGGAGUGAUUCCAAGACGGUACUUGCUUGGAUACAAUCGGAACAUCGCCGCUACCACAAGUUUGUUGCUGUUCGCGUGGGAGAAAUACUGCUAUCAACGGACGUGAAGAACUGGCGGUGGGUACCCUCGAAAAUAAACCCAGCGGACGAGGCCACUAAGUGGAAAACUGGUCCAAACCUCAACUCGGACGGCCCGUGGUUUCGCGGUCCUAACUUCCUGAAGCAACAGGAAACCUCCUGGCCAGAACAACUGCAAACUUGUACUACUCAAGAUGAACUACGUUCUGUGCAUCUACAUCACGUUCAGUGCUCGGUUGUGGAUCCUGCACGGUUCAGCAGGUGGGUGAAAAUGCAACGUACGGUAGCUUUCGUACUGCGUUAUGUCGGUAACCUAAAACGCAAGGUUGAAGGUCGCCAGCUAGCCAGCGGUAUACUCAGCCAAGAGGAAUUGGCGAAAGCCGAACGCUGCCUUUUGAAAACCGCACAAGGUGAAGCCUUCCUGGAGGAAAUUACAGCACUGAAGAAAACCCAAGGAACUGCCGAAUCCCGACAUUGUGCCAUACCUAAAUCAAGCCGCCUCUACAAACGAUGGCCUUUCUUGGACGAAGAUGGAGUUCUCCGUAUGCGAGGAAGAAUUGCGGCAGCUCCUUUCGUACCUUAUGAAGCGAAGUAUCCCGCGAUUUUGCCUGAAAAACAUCCUAUCACUGUUCUACUCGUAGAAUCGUUCCACAGCCGAUUCCGCCAUGCGAAUAGAGAAACUAUCGCAAACGAACUACGGCAGCGUUUCGACAUUCCUAGACUGCGUGCGUUAAUUGGCCGAGUUAUGCGAAGUUGUACGUGGUGCCGAGUAGCCAAGGCAUCACCUAAACCACCAGCGAUGGGCCCUCUGCCAGAAGCCCGUGUGAGUCCAUUCAUCCGGCCAUUUACAUACGUGAGGCUGGACUAUUUCGGACCAGUAUUCGUGAAAGUCGGGCGAAGUCAGGCGAAGAGGUGGGUGGCAUUGUUCACCUGCCUCACGAUCAGAGCGGUGCACCUCGAGGUGGUCCAUAGCCUGUCUGCCGUGUCGUGCAUCAUGGCCAUUCGCAGAUUUGUAUCUCGACGGGGCUCCCCGUCAGAAUUCUUCACCGAUAACGGUACCUGUUUUCAGGCAGCAAGCAAGGAGUUAGCCAGCGAGAUAAAAUCUCGCAACGAGGAGAUCGCUCUUACGUUCACCAGCGCGCAAACAAAAUGGAAUUUUAUCCCACCCGCUGCGCCUCACAUGGGCGGGGCGUGGGAAAGGCUUGUACGGUCGGUUAAAGCGGCCGUUGGAACUAUAUUAGACGCACCUCGACGCCCAGACGACGAAACCCUGGAGACCAUUUUGUUCGAAGCGGAGGCCAUAAUCAACUGUAGGCCUCUGACUUACAUACCUUUGGAGUCAGCAGACGAGGAAUCGCUCACCCCGAACCAUUUCCUCCUCGGGAGUUCAAAUGGUGUGAAAAUUCGGCCUACAGAACCCGUUCAAGAACAUGCCACAUUAAGAAGUAGUUGGAAGCUAGCCCAACACAUCACUGAUCAACUGUGGCGCAGGUGGAUCAAAGAAUUCUUGCCUGUGAUCACACGCAGGACGAAGUGGCACGAAGAAGUGAAAGAUCUACAGGUAGGUGACCUUGUCUUGGCGGUCAACGGAACCUUGAGGAACCAGUGGAUCCGAGGCCGUAUCAUUCAGGUUUUCCCUGGAAGAGACGGCAGAGUGCGACAAGCUCUUGUGAAGACAGCGACAGGCGUACUCAAAAGGGCUGCAGUGAAACUAGCGGUUCUGGACGUAGAAGAGAAGUGUAAACCAGGCGACGGAUCACCGGAGGCCCCAGAACCUUGCCAUGGUUUACGGGAGGGGGUAUGUAACGACAGGAACCGCGGCUCUGGCGACACUGCCACAGAGCUACCGUCCCACUUUCCGAUCGUACACGAUCAACAGUUGUCAUCGUAGAUGACUCGCACAAUCACUGUAAGGUCGCAAAACAGCAAGUGAAUGGACGACGAAAAGUGCAUAUUGUUGAUUGCUUAAUGCUAUACAGUGCUUAAACCUAAAUCUAUCGUACAGCUUACGAUACUUAAAACUAAAUCUACCGUGCAAAUUUCAUAUCCUAUUCAGUGAAAAACUAUGAUAAAAUUAGCCUACAGACGUUAGAUACGACCCGUCCAAAUCUUUAAUAGUACACCAAAUAUGUAAGUCACCCUGAACUAUCCUCAGUAAAAUCACCUAAAUAAAAUUUAUUUGCAGCUUAAAGCGCACAGACAAUCUGAUCGUGUUUGCUAUAUAGAUUGGUGAAAUCUAACCCCACACUUGUAAUGUAUAUGAUUCCUGAAGAACAUGAUGAAAAUGCGUGUAUUUUUUCUGACAAAAGAUGUGGAGGGAUCCUAAGAACCCAAGUAACAAUUUCAUUGCUGAUUGGUUUUGUUUGAUUUUUAUUAGGGUUUUAUUACAGCAAUAAUUAAAACUCACAGUUUUAUGACUACUUUCAUGAAAACCAUUGAAAAAUGUUUUAAAGUAUACUUUAAGAUAUCCAUAAAGCCAGUUUUUAAGAGUAAUCAAAACUCUCCAAUAUGUAAACCUUCUGGCAUUCAUUAUUACCACAAUAAAACUGUUCAAACUCUCAACAGAUGGCGAUCCGUUCGAUUAGUAACGACAUCUGCUGGUGGAAAAGCAGAAACUACGACACUGCUAGGUUUAUUGUGGUCAUCAUAAAAGUAAACUUGCUUCCGUUUUAUUUGCGCUAAUUAUGGUCAUCACCAUAUUGAACAGUUAGCUGAGGUGAAUAUAAAAUAGUUAAUUUUGCGCAAAUAAGCAAUGAAUUGAAAAUUUGCAGCCAUUUCCAUUACAUGCCCACAUAAAUAAACUCUCCCAGCUGAGUUUUCUUGUGAUUCGAGAUAGUUUUACUAAAUUAGCAAAUUGAUUUAUUUCAUUCCAAGAUGAUAAUUUUCAUUAUUUUCGGAGCGCAACAAUUUUAUGUUUCUGCAACCCCAACAUUCACGGUAAAAUUUAUUGCGCAUAAGCCUACCAACACAAUAACUACUAAAAUUAAAUAUUACUUUGAAAUGCUCUGCAUCUUCAGCUGUCAUAGUUUUUGUUGAAAAAAAACAACAAUCAUCAACACCUUUUUUCGAGAAUGUAAAAUGUUUCAACUAGGUUUUAAAACAGUUUUUUGCUUCUCUUAAUGUGGUUUGCAAAACCUUUCCGAGAGUGGUCCACUUAGCCAGAAGAAGCUCUUAAAGAGGUUAUCAAGAGGUUUUGAUGUAUCAAUCAGUUUUAUUGCAAGUUUUAUAAAAUUGGUCAUGACGAUCUCUGAGAGAGCCGAACAAAACUUAAAAUGUUACUUGGGAAUCUAUUCAAUUCCAGAGAUCCCAGAGACAGUGUCGGAGGCAUUUUCAGUUGAACUUCCUUUCUUUAUCGACCGCAGAUUCUUGUGGAGCCCAUAGUAGGGGCCCGACUUCCACUGAUGAUGCGGCUUCGUAUUUCGCGGUUAACGUUGUUGUCUGUCAUUAAUAAGGAUCCGAGGUAGACGAAGUCCACCACCACCUCGAAAGUGUUCCCGUCUAUCGUAACACUGCUGCCUAGGCUUGCCCUGUCGUUCGUGGUUCCGCCUGUCAGCAUGUACAGGGGAUAGACAAAAUGAUCGGGACAGGCAAAAUUUUCACGUUUCAAAAAAUGUUCAAUUAGCUGUAACUUUUCGAAAAGUGCAUCAAAUAUUCUCAAAUUUCCACUGUAAGUUGUGUAACUAGUUGUGUAUCAGUGGACACAAUUUGGAAUAGAUCGGGCUAUUCUGCACGAAGUUUUAAGCAUUUGAGAAAAAGGUAGAAUUAUCCGAUAGCCAACUUUGAGCUGUUAUAUCUCCGGAUUCAAUGAACCGAAUGCAAUGAAAUGUUGACUAUUUACGACUUAUAUAAUGAGCUCUGAAAAACGUUUGACUCAACUUAAAAUUAUUACCAAGAGAAAAAGUUAUAGCAAUUUCAUUAAUUUUAUGAUUUUUUAGUAAAAUGGACUAUUUUUAAUAUUCAUCCCAUUACUUUUUCAAUGAAUUGCCGGCUAUGUUGUUACUUUCUUUCAAAACAUAUUUAUAUUCAAGACAAUUAGAGGGAAUAUAAAUAAACUAUAAUAAGCAUCUGCAAUUUUGAAACAAUGUUAAAAUUUAAGAAAAUUUUGUGUUUUAUUAGAAAAAUAAUUUAAUCGUUAUAAUUUUCUUCCGUGUUAAGAAUUUAAAGUUCAGUCAAAAGUUUUUCAAAGCUCAUUAUAUAAGUCAUAAAUGGUCAAAAUUUCAUUACAUUCGGUUCAUUGAAUGCGGAGAUAUAACAGCUCAAAGUUGUCUAUCGGAUAAAUAUACCUUUUUCUAGAACCUUUAUAACUUUGUGCAGAAUAGCCCGAUCUCUUUCAAAUUUUGUCCACUGAUACACAACUAGUUGACCAACUUGCAGUAAAAACUUGAGAAUAUUUGAUGCACUUUUCGAAAAGCUACAGCUAAUUGAACAUUUUUUGAAACGUGAAAAUUUUGCCUCCGUGAGUCCGACCGUUGCUGUUUCACGUUUCAGGCGGGUGUACAGUUCUACCACCGUUUCAAAUGUUCUAGCAAUAAUAUCCAAUAUCCAUGUCACCGCAAAACAGACAAAUCGUCGCAUAACACCUUCCAGGGCGAUGUUAAACAGCAGACAUCAGACAGCAGACCCUGUCGUAGUCCCCGGCGAGAUUCGAAUGAGCUAGAAAGAUCGCCUGAAACCCUUACGCAGUUUCUUACACCGUCCAUCGUCGCUUUGAUCAAUCUAAUGAACUUCCCGGAGAAGCCGUUUUCGUCCAUGAUUUUCCAUAGCUCUCUGCGGUCGAUACUGUCGUACGCCGCCUUGAAGUCGAUGAACAGGUGGUGUGUUGGGAGCUGGUAAUUCCCGGCAUUUUUGGAGGAUUUGCCGCAUGGUGAAGAUUUGGUCCGUUCUCGAGCCGGCUUGAUAACUUACCAGAAACUCAUUAACUUUAAGCAUUUCGAUUUAUGUGUGUAUCUUAAAUAGGGGAAUUUAUGCUACUUUUGGCAGCUUUGUUCUCCUUGUCAUGAGGUGUUUUCUAAAAGCUUUUGAACUCAAAGCUAGUCUCAAACUGAAUUAUACGGCCAAGUUUCCAGGUAAUUUGUUCGAAAAAAAAACCUAGAUGUGGAAGAAAACAAAGCUGUCUAAAUUAAUCAAAGUACCCUAGUUAUAACCUGCAUGAUUUUAUGGUGAAAUCUCUAUAUGAAAUCAAUCGUACCCGAUUCCUUUGGAUGAAGCUUUGGAAAUCUUAGGAUGAAAUAUCAAACCAUGGAAAAUUUCUGAUAAAAUUGUAGAAAGAACCUGUGAGAGUAUCUGUAAGAUUUUCUUGGUGGAUCAAUACAGUACUUCCUAGCAAAAUCCAUGAAAGAACUCCUGAAUGAAGCCUGGACAAAAUUUUUAAAUCAGUUUUAUGGGAUCAGACAAUGAACAGUUUUGGUAAGAAACCAUGGUUGAAUUGUUAAAAAAGGUGUCAUGGGGAGAAUUUUUAUCCAGUUUUGUGGAAAUUCUCCCUCCGAUUAAUACGUUGAAGGAAUUUUGGCAGACUUUUUGAAAGGAUUUUUGGUAGAAUUAUUUUUCAUGUAGAAUUUCUAAAGGAAUCGUUUCUGUGUAUUUUUUUCUGGAAUCUUUGAUUUUUUUUUAUUCGGCCUAAGGUUUCUCGAAAAAACACUUCACGAAUUGUACCAAAGGGUGUCCCACAUCAAAUUGCAUCACUGACGAAAAUGUGGUGGUUUAGAAUGCAUUGUUGACUCUACAGGGGAUAGACAAAAUGAUCGGGACAGGCAAAAUUCACUUUUCAAAAAAUGUUCAAUUAGCUGUAACUUUUUGAAAAGUGCAUCAAAUAUUCUCAAAUUUUUACUGUAAGUUCAUCAACUACAAUUUCAUUGCAAUCGGUUCAUUAAAUCCAGAGAUAUAACAGCUCAAAGUUGGCUAUCGGAUAAUUUUACCUUUUCCAAGAAUCUUUAUAACUUUGUAAAAAAUGGCCCGAUCUUUUCCAAAUUUGGACCACUGAUACACACCUAGUUGAUGAACUUCCAGUAAAAAUUUGAGAAUAUUCGAUGCACUUUUCGAAAAGUUACAGCUAGUUGAACAUUUUUUGAAAAGUGAAAAUUUUACCUGUCCCGAUCAUUUUGUCUAUCCCCUGUAUCAUAUUAAAAUUAUACAAAAUUAUUCUAUCAAAUUAUUCAUCCUCAAAUUUUCAGAUGAUUAAAAGAAUUCCUCUAGAAAAACUGUCGUUAAUUCUGUCAGAACCUGCUAUGGAUUUUUUUUUUCAGUAAUUUUAGAUGGUCCGAUGAAAAAUUGUAGCUAAAAAAUUCCGAAAGUUUUUUUCUAAGAAUGCUUCUUUUUUCUCUAGAUUUUACUUUAGAGUACUGUUAUUUAAACUAACUUAGUUUACUGGUGCUCUAUUUACCUUUGAUUAAAGUAAACAAAUAAUAUUAAUAUAUUAUUAGCAAGGCUUUCAGAAAAGUUACAAAAGUCCAUUCCGCAGAAUUUCAACGUGUUCUGUGGCUCAAUUGGUUGAAGCGCCGGUCUAGCGAAUACGGAAUCGUGGUUUCGAAUCCCAUCAGAACGCAAUAUUUUCACAAUUCUAUCUCUCAAUUUGACAAUGGUGGGGCUGGCUCACUGAAACUUCCGGUCCGCUUUAGUGCUUUAUGCAUCAUUGUGGCCAGGUGUUGCUCUAGUUUUUCCAACUGUAUUGUAAAGCAUUAGCGGUGAUCCUUGGCAUACUUGUGUAAAUUGGGGUAGGUACUCGAAAUGUUGAUCGAUCACCGAUUAUUGCUGGCAGAUGCAGUGGAAAGUUUGUCUUAAUACGUAUCAAUCGUCUCUGACAAACGAGAAAAACUGACUUCACUGAUUACCUGUCUCUGAGCCAAAUUUGGUAUAGAGUCUUCAGUCUCCGAUUAAUCGCUUCAUGUUUGAUGGAGGUUUUUAAUCCAAUGGGUUACAUAGCCGCUAUCCGAAUGAAGAGAGUAAUGUUCCGCGUAAUAUAUCACAAAUCGAAAGAGGUACGGUACAUUACGUGGAGCGGAUAUACUGAAUUGGGUACCAGACCAAGUCCCUGCUGGGUGGCGCUAAAUAGGUGAGCCAUAGACAAUAGAAUCGUCAAUGUCGUAGGGCAUAGUAUGUGACUAUUGUCGAAACAACACUAUUUUUGUUAAUUGUCCACUAAGCGCAUAACUAUGUUAGGGUCAAGAUUAGGAUGAAA